AUGGCGACGAACUCGCUCUUGCUGUUUUUGACGAUACUAAUCGGCAAAAACGCCGCGCAAAAUUCCAGCAGAAAAGAUGUCACAAUUAAAGGGCAAGAGUUUACCGUUUUUCGUAAGAGAUCGACUUGGGAAGACGCAGCACUCCUUUGCGCCGAAAAUGGUCUACAAUUAGCGACGGUGAACAGUGCCUUCGAAGCAGCACGUCUUCAGACCAUCGCCGGAACUUAUACUUGGAUCGGGCUCAAGUCGAACAAUGCGGCUGCAGGACCCUGGCGAUGGAUUCAUGGAGAAGUCGCCGAACGCGCAGAUGUCUCGUGGGGACGUAUUCAGCCUAAUGAGAGAGCACAAGAAGCAUGUGGCUAUAUCGCUACCAGCUCUGGAAUCAUUGGCGAUACAACUUGCGAAAAGCGCUACAUGGUCGCUUGCUCCCCCAAUCAGUCACUCUCUCGAAUGAUUUUCGAAGAAACCACCAGCACAGAAUUGCCAACGACCACUACUCCAGAGGCGACUACGUCUCUGCCACCUACGACGAGCACGACUACAACGGUGAAAAUCCCCAUCGAGCAAUUGCCAGCCGCCACAUUUGGAAAGAAUCUGGAUCUCUCUGGUGCUGGACACCGCGGGCGAGUUCGAGAUCCUCUCGUCUCUUUCCCUGGUCCCGUUGAUGACUCGGCGACGAACAGAGAGGUUUUCGUUAACUACGACACUAAUGGCGACACAAUUACAGGAUUCAGUGAUACUAUUGAUCCAGAGAUCGAGUACGUUGAAGCCGAUGGAGUUUUUAUGUUUUAUCUCGAUUACAUGCAAAAUCCAGAGGAGCAUUGCAACAGUGACUGGCCUAACGAUCUGACUCAGCAGCCGAUGGGACUUGACAGUUGCUUAGAUACUGAUCCCCUCGUGCAACCCGAUCCUUUCCCCGAUACUGGUUACCACGAGUUCUCUCCCGAAUGUCAUGGAACACCUGGUGACUGCACUGCCAGUGAUACCUGCUGCAACGUUCAUCGAGGCAUGAACUGGACCCGAGCAGUCUGCAAGUGCCGUGAAUAUGGAGGCGAAAUCGCAACCCCGUACAGCGCAGUUCAGGAUCAAUAUAUGUACGAUUUCAUUCAGUCUAUCUGGGAAUAUCGGUUCAAUAGAAACAACUCACGGUACUGCCGUGACGAGAACGGAGAUACUCCCGGUACACUUGGAACAGAUGAUUGUCCGAUCGUCCAAGAAGGUCUCACAACUGCCACCUGGGGUAAUGAACUAAUUUGGAUCGGUUACAACUUUGACCCUACAAACAAUAAAUACCAACUUGUUAAUGGUACAUUGAUGAAUCUCGAUUAUCACUACUGGGGUCUUAUUGGAACUGGUAUUGAUGGCAGAAAGAGACGUGCUCUUGAUGAUAUCAAUAUAGUAAGCCCUCAGCAAACUAUCAUCACCAUCGAUAAUAGCCAUAUUAAUGGCGGAUCAGAUAUCAUUCUUGAUUACGAUGAAUUGGGCACAGACCCCAUUUGCAUCGCUAUAAGAUACGACGUUGACGACCAAGAUCCUACCGCGCCUCACAAAUUGCAAUGGAUGGAACGUGAUUGUGGUCGAGCAAAGUCCGUCAUGUGUGAAGUAGAUUUCCGUGAAACCCAGAAUUGCCGUUUCGGAAAUAUUCCUAUGAAUCAUCCAGACUACGACGAACUCACUAAGAUUACAACAGAUGCCUGGUCAGCAGCACCAGAUCCCUGCACAAACUGGCAAAAGUGUGAGGGGGGUGAAAUCGUCAAUGGUACUUGUGCAAUUAACGAAAAAUUUGACACAGUCCUUCGAAUGUGUAUGCCUGCAAUUACUCAGGAGCCUUGCAACAUCAACGAGUGUAAUGUAACCAAUCAUGUCUGCACCGGGGACAAUAUGCAUUGCGAGGAUACAAUUGGAUCGUAUGCCUGUAUUUGCGAUCCUGGAUAUCAGUGGAAUCCAGAAAAAGCUUCUGUUACUGACGCAUUGAAUCCAAAUGGACGAGAACCUUCUCCAGAUAACAAUUUCUGGGUUUGGCCAGUUGGAAGUGACCCAUCAGAUCCAAGUUAUGUUCAUGACGAUAGUGGACUCUACGAUCCAAACCAGGGUGACAUGUGUAUUGAUCUCGAUGAAUGUUUUGUGAAUGAAUUUACUUGUCCCGCCAAUUCUGAGUGCAGCAAUCUGGAUAUAGUCACCACUGGACGACCGUAUGAAUGCGUUUGCUCUAAUGGCUACGUUCCUGUGUAUAAUAUGACACAAAAUACGACCGACGCGAACGGAGUCAACUACUACGACGUCGUUUCGUGUGAAGAUGUUAAUGAGUGCGAUUGGGGCAAUGUAACAUGCUCUGCUGUCACGAUGUGCGUCAACACUGAUGGAAGCUUCCACUGUGGCUGUGAAGUUGGAUACACCACUGAUCCCGCCUGCAACGCAUGCAUCGGAAACGCAACAGCUGAUGGAUUCGCCACAGACGCCAAUCUGUGCUCUGCAGAAACAGCAGCCGCUGGAAUCUCCAAUUGCUGCGGCAAUAUCAAUGAAUGUGAAGAUCCAGUCCUCAAUCUUUGUCCAGUCAACUCAGACUGUAUCGAUAACGAUGGAAGCUUCUUUUGCGACUGCCAUAAUGACCUUGAAUACAUUAAUACUGACAAUUAUGUUUGCGAAGACAAGGAUGAGUGCAGCAACGCCACGUGGAACGGAUGCGAUCCAAAUUCUGUCUGUCAAAAUUUGGACCCAAGCUACAUCUGCAAUUGUAACCCCGGUUACGAUAAUUGCGCGAAUCCUUUCCAAGAAAUUUCUGGCACUUGCUGUGAAGAUCGCAAUGAAUGCGAAAAAGACGCACCUUGUGGUAUAAACGCCGACUGUACCAACUUAGAAUGUAAUGAUCCCCGUGAUAAUAACUGCGACACAGGAAUUAUACGACCGAUUCUCUCGGAUAUUGCUGGAAUCUGCGUCAACGAAAAUGGUGGCUACACAUGCGAAUGCCCUGAGGGAUACACUGGAAACGCAUUGAGCAGCGUUGACCCUAUGGGAGAAGGUUGUUCCGAUGUAGAUGAGUGCGCGUCGAAUCCUUGCCACGCAGAUGCUGUUUGCACCAACAAUGUUGGAAGUUUUGAAUGUGAAUGUGCCACUGGUUAUAAAGAGACUGCACCUCUCCCUGCUCAAGAAUGCGUAGAUAUUGAUGAGUGCACGGAAGUUGUUGGUGUCUGUCACGAAGACGCAGAUUGCGCUAACGAUGUAGGAUCUUAUACCUGCACUUGUAUUACUGGUUACUCUGGAGACGGGCAAUUCUGUUCUGAUAUCAACGAAUGUGCUGAUGAUGCUUCAAACGACUGCGAUUCGCUUGCGGAUUGCCAAAACACCGACGCGAGUUACACAUGCACUUGUCCGGAUGGUUACGAUGCCACCGGAUCUCCAGCAGGAGCAUCAUGCGACGAAAUCGAUGAAUGCGCCGCUACUCCGGGUCCAUGUGAUGCUGAUGCUACAUGCACGAACUAUCCUCCAGGAAGCUACACUUGUACUUGUGAUCCUGGUUUCUCUGGAAAUGGAGAAAUCGGAAAUUGUACAACUGUAAAUGAGUGCACUGACAACCUCCAUAAUUGCGACCCACUUGCUGAGUGUACUGACACUGAAGGAAGCUUUGAAUGUGCUUGUAUUGAUGGCUACUAUAGCCUUGGAACUCCUCCUGCCAGAUCAGGAGAUUGUUUCGACAUCGAUGAAUGCUUGAAUCCGGCUGACAAUAACUGUCAUCAAAAUGCCACUUGCACGAAUCUUGUCCCACCAGAUAGAUUUUCUUGUGCCUGUAAUGCUGGCUUUGUCGGCGAUGGAUUAACAUGUACUAUUCCUGACGAAUGCGCUGAUAACUCGCAUAACUGUGAUCCACGAGCGGAAUGUACGAAAGAACCUGGUCAGACCGGCUUCACUUGUACUUGUCUCACUGGAUAUACCGACGUUCUUACUCCCGAUGGCCAAACACUUGCUGCGCUUAUUCCAGGUCUUGCCUGUACGGACAUCGACGAAUGUGACAUUACACCCUCCGUUUGCACAGACAAUGCUCUUUGUACUAAUACUUGCAGAACCGGUUAUGACAGCGUAAACGGAACAGGGACAACUGGCGACUGUCAACCAAAGAAUGAGUGCCUUGACACUCCCUGUCCCGUCGUUGGUGGUAUUUGCACUGACUUGCCUCCAGACCAGAAUGGAUAUAUUUGUACUUGUCAAGAUGGCUAUCAAUACAUUCCCGACAUAAACUUCUGCGAGGAUAUUAAUGAGUGUAACGAGGUUCCAUGCACUGCAGGGGCUGAGUGCACCAAUACCGACCCAGGUUUUGAAUGUUAUUGCGCAAAUGGAUUGGUUCAGUCGAACGGAACAGGUCUUUUCUCGUUCGCAAAUCCACUUGGUGACUCAACCUGCGAUGACGUAGACGAAUGUACUCUUGGAAUCAGCAGUUGUAAUUUGACAACAUCUAUCUGUGUCAAUACUUAUGGAAGCCACCUUUGCUAUUGCAAACCGGAAUAUGCUGAUGACGGGUUCGGAAACUGUGUCGACAAAAAUGAAUGUGAUUUGGGCCUUUGUCCUUUCCCGCAAUCACCAAAUGGAACUGACCUCUGUGUCAACUUCGAGGGAGGAUAUCAGUGCUUCUGUCCGGAUGGAUUUGAUGGCAACGUUGUUGUCACUCCUCUUGCUCUUGACACAGUCGAAGGACAAGUAGUAACUGCAGAAGCAACCGUCUACGAGUGUGGAGACAGAAAUGAGUGCGUUAUCCAAACUGGCGUUGAUUGUCCUGUCAAUAGUGCGUGCACCAAUAUUCCCGGAGGAGCUUCCUGCGCUUGUGAUGAGGGUUUCGAGAAUGUCCAAACAGAUCCAACCCAAUUUCCUAUAUGUCAGAACAUUAAUGAGUGCGCAGGUGCCCAUCUCUGCCUAGCAUCAGCCACUUGCGUUGAUCUUGAAGGUAGCUACAGAUGUCAGUGCCCGACGGGUUAUGAAGGAGACGGAGUCAAUUUUUGCGAGGACGCUGAUGAAUGUGCUAUUGCUGCUGCAUCACGAAGAAGACGACAAGCUGAAAACUUUGAUAAUACUACACAAACUGUCGAUGGCGCUCAGUGUGAUCCAACAGCAAUUUGCUUAAAUACAGAUGGCAGUUACACUUGUCAAUGCCCACUUGGAAUGAUGGAAGAUCCAACGACACGACAGUGCCUCGAUAUCGAUGAAUGUUCAAGUGGAACUCACAACUGCUUGGCAGAUGAGUUCUGUUUGAAUUUCCCUGGAUCUCAUUCUUGCUUCCAACUGCCAACAACUACGGCUCAGCCAGCUAUCGAAGGAGAUCCUCAUAUUCGGGUCUCGGCACCACACGAGGAGCCGGUUUGUUUCGAUGUCUCUGAUGAUAAUGAGUCAGUUUUAUCCCUUAUCUCUGAGGGACCAGAGGGAGUUCAAGUCAACGGACAGGUCUUUGAAGAAGGAACUAAAGGAAAAGUUUGCCGACUUGAAACUGUUGGCAUAGUUUCCCCUGGUGGAGUUCAGGUGGCUGUUUACGUUGAUCAAGUCACAAUUGGUCGAGAAGGACAGGUUUACCAACGAUUCUAUUACGAUCGGGAUGCGGAAUAUGGAAUGGACGAUGUCCACAUCGAAGUUCAUCCAGCUGAGAAGGGCAAAAAUCCGCAUCGGGGCGUGCUCGUCUCUAUCGGACAUUCAGGCGACAUUCGAUUUAAUGUCGAGUACAAGCGAGCGAAGAAGUCUGCUUCCCUGAACGUUGAGAGAGGAAGUGGUCUCAAAGAAAGACUCACAGGGGUACUUGGCUCGACAAUGCACGGAGAAAUUAACUACCACAUGAGCAAAUCGGGAGGAAUUGUUCUUCCUAGUGGAAAGGAAAUCCCAGUUACCAUGGUCAACUGGAAUGUCCACCACAAGUGCCACAAAAUGGAAGCAUCGAUGGUAGAAGAUUUCCUAGGGCACGCAAUCUCAGACUUCCGCGUUGAGGGUCUCUUUGGAGCACCAAGCGAAAAAACAACGAGCUGGAUGAGCGCUAUCUUAGAUGUAUUUGGAUUCCCCAAAAGGAGAUAG